GCCGAGCUCCAGCUUCAACCGCAGCCGCCGGAGCCGCGUGUGCUGGCGUGCGGGCGGCGGCCGCGGUCCCGCUGCGGCCCGGCACGGCCCGGCAGGGCGCGGCGCCGGCCGAGAUGCCGUGCCGCCCGGGCGAGCGCUUCCUGCUGCUGGAGCGCUCGGUGGCCGUGGGGCAGGCGGGCUCCAAGGAGGUGGACGCGCUGGUGGCCAAGCUGGGCGAGGUGCUGCAGCUGAGCGCCCAGCGGGCGCCGCCGCCGCCCCGCGCCCCCAAGCACCUGGGGCCGGGCAGCGCCCGCGACCGCGCAGCCCCCUACUCGCCCCGCUGCAGCGGCGGGGCCCUGCUGGUGCCGCGGGGGCCGGCACCGGCACAGGGCCACCAGCAGCACGCCGAUCCCCCGCGGCCGGACCGGAGCGGCCACCAGCGGGUGACCAAGCAGUUGUGCGGCCGCGGCUGGUUGCGGAGCGCCGCUCGUCGGAGGAAGCAACCGCCACCGGGGCUGGGCGACGGGCCGGCGGAGGAGGAGGACCCCCACCGGCUCCUGCAGCAGCUCAUUCUCUCCGGCAACCUCAUCAAAGAAGCCGUCCGGCGGCUGCAGCUGGCGGCGGCGGCGGCGGCAGCAGCGGCGGCGGCCUCCACGGCUUCCAGCGGCAGCGCCUCGGCGGGGAGCAGCGGCGCGGACGGCGAGGCGGCCGAAGCGGCCGCGGUGCAGCCCCUGCAGUAGCCGGCGGGGACGAGCGGAGGCGGCGGCCGGGGCAGAGGAGCGCGGCCGAGACCGCUCAGCGGCGGCGGGGGGCCCCGUCGGGCUGACGGCGGGAGCGCGGCGCUGGCUCCGCCGCGAUGUAAGUUUCCCCCCGCGGCGGGGCGGCCGCGGCUCCCCCCGUCCCCCCGCUGCCGGGCGGGGAAGGGCCGGGCGCGGAGGGGUCGGGUGGGGUGGGGCGGGUGCGGGGUGUGCCCCCUCCCCACCCCCCCUCCAAGGUCACCCCCGGCGCGGCGCCGAGCCCUGCCGCUCCAGCCGGCCGGGGCCGCGCACGCCGCCCGCCCGAGCUGCUGUUGUGAUCCCCCCCUUAGCCGGGAGCGGCUCCUCCUCCUCCGCCCCCCGCAGGGGCUGCCCGGCCGGGGCCGCCAAACACCCCCCCGGCCGCCGAGGGGCUGCUCCGCCGCCGGGCUUCGUCUCCCAGGAGCCAUUUGCAAUAAUCCUCGCUGACCCCGGCGGGAGGUGUUUCCUUUCUCCUCCCGGGCUCGUUUGGCUUUUUUUUUUGUUGUUGUUGUUGUUUGGGUUUUUUUAAUUAUUACGUUAACGUUUAUUAUUAUUAUUUUCCCGUCGUGACUGUAUGAAGCAGUUUUUUAAAAUGUGAAUAUCAAAGCUGGAAGGCAGCUGGGCUUAAAAUUGUAAAGCCUGAUGAGUGAAUGGAGCCUGAGACGCAUUGUUCACAUAAGGUAGCCGAAGCAAGUUUUUUCUACCAAGAAAAAAAAAAAAAGGAAAAAAAAAUUUAACCCGAGUCCACCCUUCCUUGACAAACUCAAUGGCUCGAAUACAAGAUCCAGCUGUUGAUUUUAAAUAUGUGCACUUCGUACCGGAGUGUUUAAAAUGUGUUCCUGGUUUACAGGACUUACUGUCUUAAUUAGCCUGUCUGUAUUGAAUAAACGUGGUCUUGUUUUUA